UCUUUGUCCAUAAUCUUAAUAUAUGCUCUCAGUUUUCUUCUUUUUGCCUUUGGCUCUCUCGAUUCAACAUUCAACGCUUUCUUUCUCUCUCUACACACACAAUCUCUCUCUCUCUCUCAAGCAAAGGAUAGAAUGGCGGGUCCGCCGGUGGUGAGGUUUCCGAUCUUCACGGCGGUGAGAGGUGUCGGCGUGGCCGUCACUGUUCUUCUGCUGACAUGGGCUCUUCAUUACAGGGGAGGCCUCGCUCUCGUUUCUGACAACAAAGAUCUCAUCUUCAAUGUCCAUCCGGUUUUGAUGGUGAUUGGGCUUGUUCUAAUCAAUGGUGAAGGGAUGCUUGCAUACAAGACAGUGUCUGGAACUAAAAACUUCAAAAAAGCAGUUCAUCUCGCGUUACAGUUUGUUGCUCUCUUUUUGAGUUUAAUUGGUGUCUGGGCUGCCUGGAAGUUUCACAUUGACAAAGGCAUUGACAAUUUCUACAGCCUGCAUUCAUGGUUGGGCCUUGCAUGCCUUUUCCUAUUCUCCAUCCAGUGGGGUGCUGGCUUUGCAACAUUUUGGUACCCAGGAGGCUCAAGAAAUAGUAGAGCUACCCUAUUGCCAUGGCAUGUGUUCUUUGGGAUCUAUAUCUAUGCCUUGGCUAUAGCCACUACUGCUACUGGUAUUUUAGAAAAAGCUACAUUCCUUCAGGCCAACCAGAUCAUCUCACGCUAUUCCAAUGAAGCUCUGCUGGUCAAUUCCUUAGGCAUUUUAAUAGUCAUUUUAGGUGGCUUUGUUAUUCUUGGAAUUGUUACGCCACCUUAUGGUAAAGCUGAUGCCAUAAGAGGAAACGAGUAACUAUAUAUUGGAUCUAUAAUUCCAAAAUUGAGAAACAUGAACAUUUGUAUCUUCUUAUACAAGGUCAGAUGGAUGUAUUAACAAACUCAUUAAACGUAUAUACAUGUUUAAUUUUGUUUCAUU